UGGGCUUAUGGCAGUAUAUCCCAGCAUUACUCUUACUCACCACCACUAGCGUCUAGCGAAGCUAAUCAGCACCGGCUUUGGGUUUGGUUUGGUUUUGGUUGGCAGCAGCAGUGGGUCGCCGUCGGCCAGGCUCGCUCCUCUGCCUGCUUUUAUACGCGCGGAGAGGCUCUCAUCUCCUCCUCCCCUGCAUCUGCCGAGAGAGAGGGAGAGAAAGAGAGCCCAGCCGGCGAGGGGAAGAAGAAGAAGAGAGUGAGCGAGAUGUCUGACUGGGGCCCGGUGGUGGUGGCGGUGGUGCUGUUCGUGCUGCUCUCUCCGGGGCUGCUGCUGCAGCUGCCGGCCAAGGGCGGCCGCUUCGUCGAGUUCGGCAACUUCCAGACCAGCGGCGCCUCCAUCUUCGUCCACGCCAUCAUCUUCUUCGCCCUCGCCGCCGUCUUCCUCAUCGCCAUCGGGGUACACAUCACCACCGACUAGGCAUGUGAACCACAGAAUCAGUCAGUACUUGUAUAUGUGCGCUGUGACCCUGUGUUACAACUAGCAAGCGUUUGUAUGUGCACGGGUUUGUACUCUUUAUCAGACUGAGCCACUGAAUGUGAACAAUUAUACGAGCCGUUCCAUUCCAAUCAGAUUGCUUACUUCAGUUC